AUGUCUGACGAGGAGCGUCAACACGCGCUCGCAUCGUUCAAGACGAAGCUACUCGAAUCCAGAGAAUGGGAAGCUAAGCUGAAGGCUUUACGGUUGGAGAUCAAGGGCUUACAGAAGGACUUUGACCAUACGGAAGAUAAUAUCAAAGCUCUACAAAGUGUUGGGCAGAUCAUUGGAGAGGUCUUGAAACAGCUUGAUGAUGAGAGAUUCAUCGUCAAGGCUUCCUCCGGUCCAAGAUAUGUCGUUGGAUGUAGAUCGAAGGUCGACAAGGCUGCGCUGAAGCAGGGAACCCGAGUUGCUCUUGAUAUGACCACCCUCACUAUUAUGCGAAUGCUACCCCGAGAAGUCGACCCUCUCGUGUACAAUAUGUCCCUGGAGGAUCCAGGUCAGGUCAGCUUUGGUGGCAUUGGUGGACUGAACGAGCAGAUUAGAGAGUUGCGGGAGGUUAUUGAGCUUCCUCUGAAGAAUCCCGAAUUGUUCCUGAGAGUCGGCAUCAAGCCUCCGAAGGGUGUGCUACUCUACGGGCCCCCAGGAACCGGAAAAACGCUGUUGGCAAGAGCUGUGGCAAGCAGUUUGGAGACAAAUUUCUUGAAAGUUGUUUCCUCUGCAAUCGUCGACAAGUAUAUUGGAGAAUCGGCACGUUUGAUUAGAGAGAUGUUCGGAUAUGCAAAGGAGCACGAGCCAUGCAUUAUUUUCAUGGACGAGAUUGAUGCUAUUGGAGGACGCAGAUUCUCGGAGGGUACCUCGGCCGAUCGUGAGAUUCAGCGGACGCUGAUGGAGCUUCUCAAUCAACUCGAUGGUUUCGACUACCUUGGCAAGACAAAGAUCAUUAUGGCUACGAACCGACCGGAUACCCUCGAUCCCGCACUUCUCAGAGCUGGAAGAUUGGACAGGAAAAUCGAAAUUCCCCUCCCCAAUGAGGUUGGCCGCUUGGAGAUUAUGAAAAUUCAUGCAGCUGGUGUGGUUACUGAGGGAGAUGUUGAUUUCGAGAGUGUCGUAAAGAUGAGUGAUGGGCUCAAUGGUGCUGAUUUGAGGAAUGUUGUUACAGAGGCUGGUCUAUUCGCGAUCAAGGACUACAGGGACGCUGUCAAUCAAGACGACUUCAACAAAGCGGUACGCAAGGUUGCUGAAUCGAAGAAAUUGGAGGGCAAGCUGGAAUACCAAAAGCUCUAG